GGUACAUCUGCUGCUUGUCUGAUCAGUAGUAGUAAAUGGCCAUAGGAGAAUGCUGAAUGAGCAAAUAAUGGCAGUGCUAAGCAGGCUGCCAUAAUCGUCAGGUGAAGACAUGGAUGUAUGGUCUGCAGGUGCAACAGCUCCAAGAUCGAACAAUGAUGCAGGGGACCAAACCGGGAAGACAAGAGAUGAUGGCACAGCAACAAGUGGAACUGGAGCCACAGGCCGAUCAGGGGCGGAAACCGCACCUCGAAAUGGAACAGGGACCAGAAUUGGACCUGGUAUGGGGACUGGAGUGGAAACCCCAUCUGCAACUGGAACUGGAACCAGAAUCAGAUCUGGCAUUGGCACUGGAAUGGGAACCUCACCUGGAGGUGGAACUGGAACCAGGGCCGCAUCUGAAGCGGAGUCCCAGGCUGGAACAAAAAACAGACCUGGAAUUGGGGGCGCGCCCAGAGCUUUGCACCUUGACGGGAACAAUUCCACCACUGCAGUCAGAAUUGAUAGGUCAACUAAUCUGUUGCCCAAGUGUCGAACUGGUGGGUUGGAGCGCGUGCUGAGAUCUAAGGCAGAUGUACUUUCCAGUUCUGGUCCUGUCUGCGGUUCUGGCUCUGCUUUUGCUUUGAUGAAGGAAAACAGUAGUGGUAUAGUUGAGGAAAGGGAGGGAGGGAAGCAGGGGAGGCCAUCGAGUGAUGCUGUUGUUGACGGGCAUGUGGAAGGCAAAACAAGAUCGGGAGGCAUUACUGUAAGUGGAUGGCCACAAAGGAGUCAGUCUGCAGGCAGAGCUAGUGCAACAAUGAGCAGUCGAGCGCUAUUGCCUAAGUCCAAGAGCGGGGGAAUGGUGGGAGGGACGGAAGGGUUAUCUAAAACAAGGGCUGAUAUUUCUCGGCGUUUUGAAGAGCUUGAGACACAGUGGCAGAUGUUUCAGAGGCGCCUUGCUUCAAGAGAAGCAGAGAGGGAGGCAUCUCAACUGAAGUCCACGCAGUUGUUGCAGCAAUUGCAGAACCGAAUGGAGACUGCAUCCAUCGGUGGAUUUUCACCCAAACGGGAUUUUCUGACACGUAAACGUGAUGAGAAGUACCAUAGAAGUGAAGAUGUGGAUGAGGAUGCUGACAUGAAGGAGUUGUCAACUAUUACCCGUCAAGCUUCUCCGGCCACUGCACGUCAUGGAGAAGGGGCGGAGGAGAAGUCUGGUUGUGACUCUUGGCUUUUAGACAGUCAUCAGGCUGCAGUGGAUGCACGAAUAGGAAGAGCACCACUGGUUUGUGUUGCUAAUGAGGGUGCUGGUAUCAUGGAGUUGGAUGGAUCCUGGAAUAAUGAGAAUCUGCCUGGUACUCCCAGGAAAAGCUGUGAUACUGAUCCUGAUCCUGCAGUAAGGGGGCAAUGGACUGAUGAUUGUGCAAGUUUCAACAGAGAAUCUUUACUGGUGGCGACUGCAAAGGUUGAGAAGUUGGUGAUUGCAAAGCCGCAGUUGCAGCCUGAGCAAAGGGGAAGUGUCUUGCAUCCGGCAAAUCGAGUUGUCCAAGAGGAAGAUGUACAGGUCAGAGAGAGGAAGAAAACACCAUCGAAGGAGUUUCAACGCGUUGGACAGUUUGCAGUUGAGGAGGCAACAAAACAGGUCAAGAAGGUAAGCAUCAUUUGAUCUGGAUAGGUCUGAGGACUCACUGUGGCACAUAUUUACAAGAUAGAGCACUGACUGUUCUGUUUGAGCUGACUGUAUAGCUGACUAUGCGUUUUGAGCUGACUUUUCUUUUUAAGCUAUCUGUGGACUCGAGCUGACUGUACCUCCGGAGCUGAUUUUUUUUUUUUAUGUAGAAAAAGUGGACCCGCCAUGACUACGCCCGCGGCAGAAGAGAGGGGCGUUGGGGGCGGGCAGGAGAGCAAGGGCGGUCGACAGAGGAGAAUGUCACAGCAAUGAAAGCAGAGAACUCAG